AUGGCUGGUAUCUUCCGCAGCAUCUAUGACUGGCUUCUGAGGAUGUUCUGGGCCACCGAGAUGGAUGUCACCAUGAUCGGCCUGCAAAAUGCGGGAAAGUCUUCCUUACUGCGUGUUUUAGCAGUAUGUCCUGUCCCCUUUCAUUCCCUUGUCCUUUUCCUUUCCUCCCCGUUGGCGGGGAAUUCACUAUCGAGUACGUUGAUCGUCCAAGCGUAUCCAAGCGUAUCAAAUCCCAUCGCUUCCCUCGGCUUCCGCUCACGAGAUGACAGCUCCAUCCCGACUAUCGGGUUCAACACCAAAAGAGUCCAAAAGGGCCAUGUGACUCUAAAAUGCUGGGAUCUGGGUGGCCAACCUCGCUUUCGCCCCAUGUGGGAGCGAUAUUGUCGGGGCGUCAACGCCAUCGUAUAUAUUGUAGAUGCCGCCGAUCGAGGCGCUCUACCCGCCGCCACGGAGGAGUUGCAUGAGCUGAUAAACAAGCCCACCCUGGACGGAAUCCCACUCCUCGUACUGGGUAAUAAAUCCGAUUUACCGGUCAAGUUGUCUGUUGAUGAGUUGAUCGAUGCGAUGGACCUUAAGUCCAUUACGCACCGGGAAGUCAGCUGUUAUGGGAUCAGCGCGAAAGAGGAGACUAACCUCGACGCGGUACUGCAUUGGCUGAUUGCCCGGGCGAGUCGAUGA